UCCUGCUUGCCCAAAUAAUAUCCACCAGUUGCAGCUCUUCUCUAUGCUCUGGAAUGUUAGAACUGGAAGGCUUCUGAGCAGCACCAAGCAGGAGAUUUUCAGGAACUAUGCCUGGCAGCAUCCAUGUAUCAGCUGCUCAACCAUCAGCUGGCACAGCUCCUCUGUUCUUGCAAGUUGCAUUGGGCAAAAGAGAGUACAGUGGAAGCAUAGGACAAGGCGAAUUCUCAUUCCCAGUUACAUCACUGCGUGAAAGUAUGGUGAUGCUGCUGUACAACACAGACAAGUCAUUAAUAUCACAAGCAGAAUUAAAGACUAAAGCGGUUGUUGAGUCAGGAACUAUGGAUGUUGUUUUCAGUCUUGACAAUGGAGGAAGCAUUAUUCUCAGGCUUCAGUUCCUUCUCAGUGAUGAAGACCGCAAACGGGUCCAAGAAAUGAGGAAUUCUGCAGUGAAAAGAAAGCAGCAAGAGCUGCUUUCUGAUGGCUAUGGACUUUCUCAAGACAUUCCAAGCGAAGGAUGUCAACCUACACUUAGGAAGAGCAUGUCACUGGAUGAUUUGCAGGAGAAGGCUGUUUUGUCUGCAAAUACUGCAGAUUCGCAGAUGGAGGACGCAAGAGACUCACUAAUGCAAAGUGAAUUAAGUAGUGCAGUGAAGAAAAUGAUAAGUGCCCUCGAAAGCAGCUCUCCACAGGUUCUGACGAGGAUCAAAUCAGAGAGUUCAUUAAAAGGACCGUCUACUUCUUCAGAAAAUUCCACCCAGUAUUCUUCGGACAAAUCAUCUAGUUCAGUUGCAGCACAGCAAGUCUCAGGCCAUACAGAGGCUGGGACUUCAGGCAAAGCACAGCUUCUUUGUGAUGAUAAAAUUUCCAGUUCCAGGCCAGGAAAGCAGAUUCUGCUCAGCAACAAAAGAUCAAAUGCAUCUGGACAACAGGCCACAUCCGAAGGCAGAAUCCGUAGGUUAUUCAGAGAAAAGGACAUGGACAAUUCAGAGACGGUGAUGAUCACAAGACAGAACCGAAGCAAGAAGCGAUCGACGCCGAAGCGUCGUCGCGCCAUUGGUCCUUACUGGCUUGAACACAUACACCCCCAUGUCUGCAUCACUACUGCAAGCAGGCAGCUGAGAGAGCUUGUGGAGCUCGAGCCACCCUUAGACUCGUUCCUGUUGAUAGGACAGUUUGAUACCAAGAAGCCAAAUCUGAAGGUAGUUAGUAUGCAAGAUCAGGGCACAUGUGAGGAUAAAAGCAAGAAUUCCAUGGUUUCUGCUCGAGGUGGCCAUGGCUUUCCAGUGUUGGAUGGGUGGUUGAUCAAUCAGGGCGUGCGUGUUGUUAUUGUGAUUAUAGCUUGCGGAGCAAUAUUUCUGAACAACAGAUAAGAGCGCGUAGCAGGAUGCAGCAGCAGUUGCAUUUUCGUCAGGCCAAGGGCAAUGAAUUCAGUUGUUGACAGUACUGUAACUAGUGCCUGCAUCUUUGACGUGUAGUUCAUCACGGCUUUGUCAGAUUAAAAAUUUACUCUUUUAGAGAGAGAGAGAGAGAGAGAUGAUUAAAACUAUAUUUACGCCUGCCUAAUGGUUGUGCAUCGCAUGGACACAUCGUAAUUCUCCUCCUGUGUUCAAUGAAAUCUUGUCCAUGUA